GGUGGGAGUCUACAUCAGUCUGCCAGGAGAGCAGCUCAAUGGGGAGGAAGUGAUUAAUACCAUCAGGUUUCCAGUCGCUGCUCCUUCCAUAAAGACUCUGAAUGAUGAACAGUCUCCGCCUUUCUCACAGCUUUAUCCAGACCAAAUUGAAGGAAGAGAGCUUCCAGAAGAGAAUGAUGGAGAAGAAUCCACCAGGAUACAUGGAGAUGCUUCCAUUUCUUUAAAGACUGAAGACACUGGGAAGAAUCAAGACGACAAUGAUGUAGAGCACCCUCUCUCUGAGCUGAAACACAUGUCAGACUCUGGAUAUCAGAAAUGUUCUACAGAGCAGAAAACAGUGGAGUCAAAAAGGAAAGUCCACACAGGAAUGAAGCUUAGCUGUGAAGAUUGUAGCAAAACAUUUAGUAGUAAAUACACUUUAAGCACACACAUGAGAAUCCAUACAGGACAGAAGCAUUUCUGUUGUGAUCAGUGUGGAAAAGAAUUUAGCCAUAAAUCUAGUUUAAACACACACAUGAGAAUCCACACAGGACAGAAGCCUUUCUGUUGUGAUCAGUGUGGAAAAGAAUUUAGCCAAAAAGCACAUUUAAACGCACACAUGACAAUCCAUACAGGACAGAAGCCUUUCUGUUGUGAUCUAUGUGGACAAAGUUUUAGCCAAAAAUUACAUUUAAACACACACAUGAGUAUCCAUACAGGGCAGAAGCCUUUCUGUUGUGAUCUAUGUGGACAGAGAUUUGGCCGAAAAGAAAGAUUAAACACACACAUGAGAAUCCAUACAGGACAGAAGCCUUUUUGUUGUGAUCUAUGUGGACAGAAAUUUAGCCGAAAAGCAAGUUUAAAAACACACAUGAGAAUCCACACAGGAGAGAAGCCUUUCUGUUGUGAUCUGUGUGGAAAAGAAUUUAGCCAAAAAUCCCAUUUAAACUCACACACGAGAAUCCACACAGGACAGAAGCCUUUCUGUUGUGAUCUAUGUGGACAAAGUUUUAGUCAAAAAUCAAAUUUAAACGCACACAUGAGUAUCCAUACAGGGCAGAAGCCUUUCUGUUGUGAUCUAUGUGGACAGAGAUUUAGUCGAAAAGAUAGUUUAAACGCACACAUGAGUAUCCAUACAGGGCAGAAGCCUUUUUGUUGUGAUCUAUGUGGACAGAGAUUUGGCCAAAGAACAGGUUUAAACAGACACAUGAGAGAGAAGCCUUUCUGUUGUGAUCAAUGUCCCCCCUAAUUUUUUAUGUGUCUAAGCAAACACACGGACUCCCUGACCCUUCACUUGACCUCUUUGAGCAACAUCACGUGUGCGCUGAGGUCACAUUAUGCCUGUCCCAAACCUGAGAUUAUAACAAGCUACAUGUUUUACUAAAAUAAUCAAGUUACAGCAAUAAUUUCUUUUAGAUUACUUAGUUUAGAUAAAACGGAUUUAGCCCGAUUACAUGGAAAAGUCAAAAUUCUUGGAUUUUUCUUAAACAUCUCUAUAGCUGUACAGCGUAUUUUCAUUUCAGAGUAGGGGUCCUACUAAGUAAGAACUGAGAGAUUUGCACAUCUUUCAGAGUUCCAAUUUUAUUGCCAUUAAAUUAUCCACAUUUUUUGCAGUUAGAUUUAGCACCAGCAUGUAGUACUGUGCAGCCUGUCGUCUAUCAGUCUGCUCCAGGGCAGCUGUGACUACUAACAUAGCUCACCACUGUCAGGGUGUGAAUGGGUGAAUGAGUGACCAGUGUAAAACGCUUUGGGGUCUUCAGGUGAUUUAUUUCAACAUUCUCAGCCACACAUCUAUUUUCUAACCCUUGAUGAUAACCCUUUUGUGUUGAAUAAGUUAAGUGUGAGAAAAGAGCUGUAAUUCUCUGUCAAAUAACUCAUAUCACUAAUGUAUUGACUUUUUCAGCCAUUCUCUGCCGUCAACUCUCUGUUUGAGCAGCAACAGCAUCAGUUUUUGUAUGGUUUAAUAUUCUCCAUAUGCCUUCAUUAAAGAUUUCUAACACCACUUGCAGGAAA